UUCAUUUGUGUUUCGCAUUUUACUUCCAUAGGAGAACGUCCCUACAGUUGUGAGGCUUGCAAAAUGAGUUUUUACACGUCCCAUCAUCUGAAACGUCACAUGCUAACCCACACGGGUGAAAAACCGUUCAAAUGCCAUUACUGUGAUCGUAAAUUCGCGCAAAGUAAUGAUAUGGUGAAACAUACGCGGAUCCACAUUGGAGCCUGCAUUUAUCAGUGCAACCGGUGUGAUGCUUCUUUCCGAUUGCUAUCGGAACUAAGAAAUCACUACAAGGAUCACUACCAGCAAGGAAACGAAGAAACACCAGGAUGGACCUCCGCGGAAGAAGAACGGCAUAUUCGAUUCACCAGUAUGGAUAUAUUGAACUUGCGGUACGCCAAAGAAGCGUCACGAUGGUCAACGAUACGAAAGGUUAUUGCCAAGGCGACCGUUCGUCCUGCCACGAAUGGUUCAGAUUAA